AUGGGUAUGGUGGACAAGGUCGGCACCGCAGGUGGCACCGCAGGUGGCGCCGCUGGCGCCGCUGGCGCCGCGAACACGCGGCUGCCCACGUUGAACGAGGUUCUGCGCCGACAAAGCGCUGCUCCGGCCGACCUGUGGUCAUUCUACGUCUUUCUUGCACAGUACCCGUACGCGAUCAGUUUCCUGGACUUCCACAUCGACGUGCUCGCGCACCAGCAGCUGUGCCGCGACUACGUGCACGGGGUGCGCGACAGCGUGCGCGAAAGCUCGCAGCUCGACCCCCAGGGGCGCGACAGUUACGGGUCCAUGUCCAGCUCGCUGUUGCUCGAGGCGUUGCUCGACGACGGGUUCUUGGACUUUGAGGACAGCCAGUGUGUGUCGCGACUGCUGCAGGGCGACACCGGGUCUGCUCGCGUCAGCGGGCUGCUCGACAACUGGCGUCGUCAGAGCGGCCGCGGCGCUGCGCAGCCUUUGAACGAGAUCGUCGACCAGUUUCUACGCGAUCACGCUAUAGCGAGUGGCCGUCCCCGCAUCACUUCCAAGCAGCUGCUCUCCAACGCCCAGCGGAUCGUCGCCACCUACUUGUUGCCCGCGAACCAAAGCGUGCGGUACCUCAUCAACGUGCCCGACGAGAUGCGCGCCGACGCACAGCGCAAGGUACAGGUGCAAUUGCGACACGAUCCGGCCGUCUUCGACCCGAUCAAGACCCUCGCGUUCGAUUUCCUCGAGCUCGACUGUUUCCCCAAGUUUCUCGCCGCGGUAGCGCUGCACAACCUGCACGACGCCGCCGUAGACCUCGACCGCGACCAAACCAUGCGUCACGGCGCCAAACAGACCGCCUUGCCCGCCCGUUCUCGACAUCGAUCUCCGUUCAAACGCUAUACAUCGCUUACACGCGUCGCGAUCGGGUUGCUGUGGCUCGCGGCCGCGUUUUGGAUCGGAUACGUGCUCAUUUUCCUCGAUUAUUCGCGUGGGAUCCGCGUCACUACCAUUGUACCCUUUUUCAUGGGCUGCUACUGCGUCGUCACGGGUAUCUACCGGCUCGAUAUCCUGUACGCGUUCUGUAGCGUCACACACACGCUCGUGACGGCAGAAGACGCACUGCUUCGCGACUCGGAAAACGGACUCGACAGAACCCGCGCAGACCACGCCGUAACGUCGCAAGCGCUACUGCCGUUGCUGUUCUUACUCGGUGGAACUGGCAGACUCAUCCCGGUGCGACACCCGUUCAUCGACUCGCUUUUGAAAAAACGUGCAUGGUGGUGUCUGUUUUUGGUUCUCUUGGGCACGGCAGUUUUCACGGUAAUCUUCGCGUGCGUGCCGGGAUACAGGCUAUAG